AUGGAGACUGCAUCAUGCAAGAAGGCUCUUUGCUUGGCCUUCAUGAUCAGAUGCCAUUUAAUUGAAAGGCUUUGUCUAGAAUGCAAUAAACUGAAGGAAGUCCUCAAAUUUAACCCAAAUGAGGAGGCUCAGCCUAUGACCCAACUGUAUCUCCCCAGUGCUGAUGCACCAAUCUGUAAAGCAGAAGCGUCUCUCCGAUCUGCUGACUCCAAGUAUGGAGAUCGGGACGCACUCGGCGCGCCCACGUGUUGCCCGGCGGAAGGUUCAGCCAAACUGCACAUAGGGCAGGACGAGGGCGUGAAGGAGAGAAUGGCCCGCUAUGGGCCGCCCAGCGUGGGAACUGGGGAACUCUUCUCCUCUACUCAUUACCUCACCUAG